GGAGAGAGCUUCUGAUUGAAAAUAAUUUUGUAGUGGUGAUAAUAAUGUAAAAUGUUAUAUUAGCAACUAGGUUUAUUGUAAAAUUCUAUGUAUAAUUUACUAAAAUCUAAAAUGUUACAACUGUGUUCCUAUUAGACAUCUAGCCUUUUCAGUUUUGUAUAACACAAUGUUUUAUUAAUAUUUCAGAAUGAAUGGAGGUAUGGAUCACAAAACACCUGGGCACAAUGCAGUGCUACACAAAGCACCUAAAAACUAUAAAUUGCUCAUGGACCCAUUCCUUGUCAAAGGAGCUACCAAAUUGUACCGAUAUGAUGGAUGUGUACCUGGUGAUGCAACUUAUCCUCCGGUGCAAUGUAGAGAUCCUAGAUCACAGAUCCCAAGGAUCUGGAAUAAGAUAGAACCAGCAGAUUUGCCAGUCCCUAGAUUUAAAAUUGAUAAAAACUAUGUUGGAACACCUCCGCAACUUGAGAUUACUAUCGGGAAUCUCAAUGAUAAUAUAGACAAAGCUUUUUUGGUGGAUAUGAUGAAUAAAAUAGGUCCCUAUGAGGAGUUGAGAAUAUUUUACCAUCCAAUAACAAACAGACACUUGGGAUUUGCAAGAAUUGUAUUUCAAGAUGUAAAGUAUUCAAAACUGUGUAUAGAAAAAUAUAAUGGAAAGUCAGUUAUGGGCCAGGUGCUUGAUGUCUUCCACGAUCCAUUUGGCAAGAAAUGCCAGGAAAUGCUGGAGGAUAAAACUAUGGAGAGAAAACCACUCCCGCAGCCUCCGCCAGUUGUCAAGCCUCCAAUUGUGGAAGAUGUACGCAUUCCCAAAGUUGAUCCCACUCUUAGCAAGCGGUUAGAGGAGACUAAACUGGUGGAUAGCAAGGAACCAUACAGACAACCUUACAAAGAAGUUGAGCACAGUGAUAGCAACACCCGAUGGUCGGACGAAGAGCGGGAGUACCGACACCGACAUCGGAGUCGCGGCGAGCGAGACAGGGAUAAGGAGAGAGACAGAGACAGAUACCGUGAGCGCUACGCUCGCGGCACGAGCGAAGCCAGCGACGCCGCGACGUACCCGACGGCGAGCCACGCGCCCGAGCUGCCGUACGCGCCGCCCGGGCCCGUGCCCUACGAGUCUUAUCCCUAUCCGCCGGCACCAGGGUACGGCUACGGGUACGGCGUGGGAGCGCCCCCCGCAGGCGGCGCGGCGGGCGCGGGCGCGGCGGGGGGCGUGGGGGGCGCGGGGGGCGCGGGCGUGUGGUGGGGGGAGUGGCGCGCGCACGUGCCCGUCGCGCCCGCGCCCGCAGCGGCGUCUGCGCAUCACCACCCGCAUGAGGUUCCCGCUGAGAGUGCCCGGGAGCCCGAGGCGGCGGAGGCUGCGCCCCGCCCGCCCGAGGCGGAGGAGCCCGACCACAAGCCGCCCGCUGACGAGCACAAGAAUGUGGACCUUGACACCAGAAUAGCCAUGCUGCUUAAGGGGGCAGGGUCGGGCGCCGGUGGAGGCCUGGCGCCGCCGUUCCUUUCGUUGGGGAUGUCUUCAGAGGACGACGAUGAGGACCGCCUGCCCGCCAAGAUACCGGACCUCGAUGUACAUCACCCGCCUUCUGAUGACGAUGGUUCCAUCAGCGACGAGAGAGAAAGCAUAAUAUCAAUAGAUCGGAACAGGGAAAUCAACACCGACCCUCUGUCGACCACUCCUUCUCCGUACCUCUCCAGAGAGUUCUAUAUGGAAGUCCUGCAGUACACUAAGGACAAGAAGGCGAAACGGGAAGAGCGAAAGAAGUUGUCGACAUUGCCGCCUAUAGACAAGAUUGGUUCUGACAUUUCGUCUUCGGAGGAUGAACUAUUGACUGGGGAGCCUCAGCGCCCGAAACCCACCACAGAUGGAGACAACCUCGACGAUGAUCAGAUGUCGCUAUCAUCGCUGUCCCCCAACGACACAAAGAUCGAGGAGCAAGUUCCCGCCGAUCCGUACUACUACCCGCCUCUAGCAGCGGCUCCUCAACAACCUUACUAUCAACCAAUGCCGGCGUGGCCACCCACUGCAUACCCUCCUCCCGGCUACGGCGCCCCCCCGGAGUUGCUGGCGUACGGCAGUGGGUUCCCACUCCUGCCGCACCACGUGGUGGCGCCACAUCUGCACACCACGACGCAACCGGCGCAGGAGAAUGAGCACGACAACCCGUACUUCCCUACGAUCAACCGCGUGAUAGAACGAGUGACGGCCGAGCUAAAGCAGAUUCUCAAGAAAGACUUCAACAAAAAGAUGAUCGAGAACACCGCCUUCAAGAGCUUCGAGGUCUGGUGGGACGAGCAGAGUCGGAAGAUGAGGCAGACUAAACCUAAGGAGGAGAGCGGGCCUUUGCAGGACAUUUCGAACAAGAAAGAAGAGGCAGUGGACUCGAUAAAAUCGAUUAUGGAAACUCGAGAUCUCGGGUUGGAACUCGGCGGGUACGGCUCGGGAAUCGGGUUGGGAUUGCGCGCGGCCAUACCCAAGAUGCCGAGUUUCAGGCGCAAACGGAAGAUACCUUCGCCCGUUCUCAUGGACGAGGACUCUUCUAAACGACUCAGCGAUCAGGAGGAGAUGGUCCAGCACUCUGACUCUGAGAAGGAGGUCCCCGCGAGCCCGCGCAGCCGCACCGCCGGCUCCUACCUGUCGCGGCGCACGCGGCGCUCCUCCAGCGACUCCAGGUCAUCAUCGUCAUCGUCCAGCCGGUCCUCGUCUUCGGAGUCAGAGUCUGAGCGGAAAGGCGCCGCGCCGAGGAUAUACUCCGAUACUGAAGACGAUACAGAAAUCGAUGAAGCAGAGUUUAAGGUGGUAUCCAACAAGGAGAGGCUACGAAGGGUGUACUCGUCGUCGUCCGAUAGCGAAGAGGAGCAGUCCAGGUUACGAGAGAAGACGCCGAUCCCGGCGGUGGAGGCGUCGCCGGAGUCGCGCGCGGGCUCCCGCGCGGCCUCCGCGGGCCCGCGGGACCUCUUCGACCGCGUGUACUCCGACUCCGAGGAGGAGAGGGAGUACCAGGAACGGAGAAGAAGAAACACAGAAUACAUGGAACAGAUCGAGCGGGAGUUCCUGGAGGAACAGAGACGGACGAUGGAAACGGAUACGCGGCCGCAGCCGGAUAAACCGCCUGACACUGCUUUACCUGAGAGCAAAACUGAGGAACCCCGUACUAGUCCCGUCAAAAACCACCUCAAAUCACCUGAGAAGCGGGAGAAGCCGGAAGAAGUGGAAGAAGGGGAGAUCACGUCCGAGGAAGAAGAGUCCAGGAGGAGCAGAGAGAGAAGGUCGCGGAAGCGCGCCGACACCAGGCAGCGGGUCGAGUCGGCCGGCAGCCCGCCGGGCGUCAACGGGCUCAAGGACUCGGCGGCAAGCGCUGUGUCGGAGCCGUCGUCGCCCGUGUCGCAGGCGUCGCAGGCGUCGCAAGCGUCGCAGGUGGCGCUGGAGCACUCGUACUGCCGCCCGCCGCCCGACGGCCAGCCCGCCAAGCUCGCCAACCACCUGCAGCACGACCACGGUUACACAUGGAUGGCGGAACCGGAAGGCGAGUCGCAGAUGGAAAUCGAUACGAAACCGAAGAAGGAAACCAAACGGCCCUACAAGAGAAAAUACGAGACCAAAAAGUUGGCUGAAAUUCAGAACAAAUUGUUCGAGUCCCCAACGGAGGUUUCCGGUGCGCACGCGCGCGUAGUGUUCAAGCCGAGAGACAUCAUGGCGGAAAUGCAGGUCAUGUACGAGUUCCUCACCAGGGGCAUCGACAGGGAAGACGUAGAAUUCCUGAGAAGAGCGUACGAGUCCCUCCUGGCGGAGGACGCGCAGGGCUACUGGCUGAACGACACGCACUGGGUGGAGCACCCGCCCACCGACGUGUGCUACAGCCCGCCCAGGAAGAAGGCCAAGCGGCACGCCAGCAGCUUCGACGAUUUGCAGGCUCACUCCAGCGGUUCAGCGCGAACAGAAGGCUAUUACAAGAUGGACGCGCGUCUAAAAGCCAAGUACAAGUACCACCAUGGACGAGCCACGACAGGCACCCAGCCAUUGGGAUCCGCUGCCAACGACGAGAGAGCCAAGAAAAUGCAGCUGCUAUCCAGAGAAGCCAGGUCCAACCAGAGGCGGCUGCUUACUGCCUUUGGUACCGACACAGACUCGGACCUGCUGAAGUUCAACCAGCUGAAGUUCAGAAAGAAGCAGCUCAAAUUCGCCAAGUCCGGCAUCCACGACUGGGGACUGUUCGCACAGGAGCCUAUAGCAGCGGACGAGAUGGUGAUCGAGUACGUGGGCCAAAUGAUACGGCCGAUAGUCGCAGACGUACGCGAGGCGCAGUACGAGGCUACGGGUAUCGGCAGUUCAUACCUGUUCCGCAUCGACUUGGACACCAUCAUAGACGCCACCAAGUGCGGCAACCUGGCGAGGUUCAUCAACCACAGCUGCAAUCCAAAUUGCUAUGCGAAGGUGAUAACGAUAGAGUCUCAGAAGAAGAUCGUGAUAUACUCGAAGCAGCCGAUCGGCGUCGACGAGGAGAUCACGUACGACUACAAGUUCCCGCUGGAGGACGAGAAGAUCCCGUGUUUGUGUGGCGCGCCGCAGUGUCGAGGGUUCCUCAACUAAUGCUCCUCGCGGUAUACGUGCGGCCAGUCAACGGAAUAACUCUUCUUUAUAUAAGUCUCCAAACAAAAACAAACUUUAAUUUCAGUUUUUGGACAUUUGUAAUGUGAAUUUCAAACAAAACUAGGUUCUUUAUAAUUACGAGUGUUGCCAAAUUUAAUCAUUUCAAUAUUUCAAAAAUGAUUAUUUUGCCGUGGAUUUAUUGACUUACGUCAGUCAUAUGUUGGUGUGAUAAGCCAAUGGAAUAGUGGAAUAGCUUUUUUGACGUUAUUGCAUGGAUGUUUAUUGUAAAUAUUUGUUCAGAAUCCAGAGAAAAGACUAGUCCUUUUUACGAAUAAUAGGGUCAAUCCACUACUCGAGAGUAAAUUUGGCUUUCUUACUGUGUGCCACGUGGCUUCGAAAUAUACUUCGCACGUUUUGGCUAUGUGAUAAUCCAAUGGAAUAUUUUUAACGAUAGUGUUCUCAAACGUCCUUAGUAAGUGAACACAUUUAAUAAUCGCCACAUCAGUCUCAUAGGUGUUAAAUUUUUUUUAAUGAAUCAGAAACUUAUAUGACAAUGAAAUUAAUUUUGUUGUUCAAACUCAGAUUUUUGUUUGUUUGGAAGAUUAAUAUCUUUUACCAUGAGUUUCUUUUUUAUUACUCUAAUUUGCUUUAAAUUUUUGUGUUCCUCCCGUUCCUAUUGCUCGUCGACAAUAUUUUCUAUUAAAUAUUUUUAGGAUAAAAACGACAUAUUCAUUUUAAAGAUACCUCAUUUUUGUCGUGCAUCAUUACUUUAUGGCUUUACAUUGUGUCCCGUUAUUGUAAAUUUAAACGCUAGUUAAAUCAUAAAAUGAUCUUAUACAAAUGGACUGAUUACAACAUUAACAGCAUGUAAUGCGCAUGCAAACGGAAUCGACGCUAGGCAAACCGAACUAAAUUGCCUCAAUUGAAUGUAAUCUUGUAUAGUAAUAAUUCUUGUAAUGUGUGAAUCUGAGGUGUUUUAUCUCUAUGUAUUUAAUGCGAAUUCUCAGUGCAUAGUAUGAAAUAAUAAAUAAACGAUCCGUGUAAUAUACUGUUUUGAUUGAGUCUAAAUAUGAUUGGGUUAGACUUAAGUUAUCAGAGAAAAGGCGCUGUAUAAUUAUUUGUGUUGUACAUUAUUUGUGAAUAAAAAGAUCUCUGCUGCUACGUCAGAUUAUGUAGUACACGUCUCAAGUACAUGACCUAUUUGAAGAUACUUUGGUGUUCAUUUUGUUUUCGUUCGAACUGACGUCAACGCAAAAAUGUGAUGGAAAAUGUUAUGAAUUUAAGUCAAUAGUGGACUUUUUAAUCACACUUCAUUUCGUAAUGAUGUAAAAUGUAUAACAUUGUAAAUAAAAAAA